AUGGAGGAGACAAGAUUUCAAGGCGUGUACAGGCAGACCCUCCGCGACGGGGUGGCGCUCGACCGUAUGCGGCUCGCGGGCUGUCCUUUGGACAACAAGGCGAACAACGACGAGGUGGACUUACUGGAUAUGUAUGUCAAGCACGACCGCAGCAAGGUCAAGGCGUUCGAUAAAGGCCCGUUCGAUGUGUGGACGUGCGAAGAAUGCGAAGCUUUUCUCGACGACAAAAGUAAGGCCUUCGUGUGCGUCGACUGCGAAGGCAAAAACACACUCGUCUUGUGUGAGGACUGCGUCGAGGACGUAGACGAAGAGGAGAUUUGUUUCAAGUGCAACCAGUUUCUGUGCAGUAAGCACAGCGGGCCUUUUAUCAACUUGGACUGCGAUACGUGUGGAGAAGUAUUUUGCAUGAACUGCUUGGGUGAAGCAAGAGUUUCCUUCUGCUCGCGAUGUGACGAAACGAUUUGCGACGACUGUCAGGUGAAGGAAAAGAAGUUUGUUGGCUUUUGUGAAGAAUGCGAUAAACCAUUCUGUUCCGAUUGCAAUCCCUGUCUGAUGUGCUACGGAUCGCACAAGGGGACGGAAAAAGGUUGUCUCUACAUGUGUUGCUCAGAAUGCAGCCCCGGUAAGAUAUAUUUCUGCGAAACGUGCAACGGGUGCUGGUGUGAAAAGUGCAGGCCUUCCUUCGUGUGCUUCGGAUCGAAAGAAAAGAAAGGUUGUUUCAAAAUCCGCUGUUUGGAUUGCGGACGCGAUGACUUUGACUACUGCGAAAUGUGCAACGGGUGGUGGUGUGAAAAGUGCAGCCCAUCCUUCUGCGGCGAUUUCAACGACCACUGCGAGUUCUGUACACGAAACGUCCCGGCUGAACGUGUAUAG